AUGGAUUCAUUGAUACAAUGUCAUUAUUGCAAACAAAGUCCAACCAAUCCGUUGGAAUUGCAAUGUCAUCAUGCGUAUUGUGAAGCUUGUCUUGCCAAACAUAUACAAAAUGAUAAAGUGACUUGUCCGAUUUGUGGUGUUGAGCAUAUGACACCCAUUUCAUCACUCUCGUCAGCCAAACCUGACAAACUCGUUCCAUUUCUCAUCGGUCUACGCAGUCGAGAACCAUAUUCCGUCAUUACUGACCAAUCACCACCGACAAUUCAAGCUCAAUGUGCGCAAUGCAAGCAAGCAACUGAACUACGUUCAUGUUUACACUGUGAUAAAGCACUGUGUGCUGAUUGCCGUACAAAACAUCAUCUCUCUCAAAAGAAGGAAGUCGACGAAUCGCUUCGUAAAUCUACGACGACAGUCAAUGAUUUGAUCAAUUUAGGCCAGGCAUUGAAUAUCAGUCGAAAUACUCGUAUCGAAACGUAUAAAGUGAUGAAAACGAAAGUUUCAACACAUUCACAAGAUCUUAUACAUUCAAUUCAAGAAGAAGAACAGCGAUAUCAAAAACAAAUCGAUGAACAUAUACAAUCCGAGACCUCCAAAAUUCCCAUUACCGAACAAGAAGUACAACAUCUCCAAAAGCACAAAGCAGCCAUCAGCCAAGUGACCGAUACAUAUGAACACGAAAAUAACCAGAUGAUUCUUACAAAAAUGCAUAAAGAUUACAUGAAUAUGACACCAGUAUGGACAGCGAAGAUUGAAAGUGAAGCAGGUCGACUCAAUCCAAAGAGAGAAGAAGAAUUGAAAUUCGAACCCCACAUUUUCAAGAAAGAUGAAGCACUUCUCGGAACGCUCAAAGGGUCGAAACAUGUCAACAUUGAAGCGUCAUCGGACGCUAAAAAGAUGGCUGCACAUGCCGAUCCCACCACGAGCCGUGCAUGUACCAUAUUAUAA